ACUCCGCCCGGCCGGCCGCGGGCAUGGGCGCCCCGCACCGAGCGCAGGCCGCGUCCGGCGUCGAGCACCAGGCUCGCGGCGGCGCGCAGGCCCCGUGCAUGGCCGUGCCGGGGCACCCGUCGGCCGGCAGGCCGCCCCCGGCCCGAGUGGGCUACUAUGAGAUCGAGCGGACCAUCGGCAAGGGGAACUUCGCCGUGGUCAAGCUGGCCACGCAUGUCAUCACCAAGGCGAAGGUGGCGAUUAAGAUUGUGGAUAAGACGCAGCUGGACGAUGAGAACCUGAAGAAGAUCUUCAGGGAGGUUCAGAUAAUGAAGAUGUUGCGACACCCUCACAUCAUCCGUCUCUACCAGGUGAUGGAAACAGAAAGGAUGAUAUAUUUAGUAACAGAAUAUGCCAGCGGGGGAGAAAUCUUCGAUCACCUGGUGGCUCACGGGCGAAUGGCGGAGAAGGACGCUCGGCGGAAGUUUAAGCAGAUUGUGGCGGCCGUGCAUUUCUGCCACUGUAGAAACAUCGUCCACCGAGAUCUAAAGGCAGAGAACCUGCUGCUGGACCACAACCUCAACAUCAAAAUAGCGGACUUUGGCUUUAGUAAUAUGUUCUCGCGAGGUCAGUUGUUGAAGACGUGGUGUGGUAGUCCUCCGUACGCAGCUCCAGAACUCUUUGAGGGCAAAGAGUAUGACGGGCCCAAAGUAGACAUAUGGAGUUUAGGUGUGGUGCUGUAUGUGCUGGUCUGUGGCGCUCUCCCUUUUGACGGAAGCACUUUGCAGAACCUCAGAGCGCGAGUCCUCAGCGGCAAAUUCCGGAUCCCCUUCUUCAUGUCCACAGACUGUGAGUAUCUGAUCAGGCAUAUGUUAGUAUUGGAACCCAGUCGCAGGCUGACCAUGGAGCAGAUCUGCAAGAACAAGUGGAUGAGGCAGGGAGACCCGGACCCCGAGUUUGAGAGGUUGAUAGCAGAGUGUGAACAGGUGAAGACCGAGAGGGAGACGGAGCUGAUCAAUGAGCAGGUCGUAAUGGCCAUGUCUGAGAUGGGACUCGACCGAGAGCGCACCUUACAGUCGCUGCACACUGAUGCUUACGAUCACUACAGCGCCAUCUACAGUCUGCUACUGGACAGGCUGAAGAGGCACAAGACUCUUCGUGUGGCUCCGCCCACUCCACGCACCAUUGGCUACCCCCUCAACCCCGUGCAGGAUCAGGGUAAUGCUGUCAGUAUGACUGUGCCUCACGUUCAGCUCAUUAAUCCAGAGAACCAGAUUGUGGAGCCUGACGGGACGAUGGCGCUGGACAGUGAUGAAGGCGAGGAGCCGAGUCCAGAGGCCAUGGCGCGAUAUCUGUCCAUGAGACGCCACACAGUGGGAGUACCGGACCCCAGGGGGGAGAUGCAAGAGGAGCUGCAGAAGUUGGCCCCUGGUUUCGUGCGGGCGGCCCCCCAGCCCCAGUUCCCCUUGCUGCCCCCUACCAUGACACACAUCCCUGCAUUUAUGCCCACUCAGAGCCUCCAGCCCACACAGCAGCUCGAGUACAAGGAGCAGUCUCUCCUGCAGCCUCCCACACUGCAGCUGUUGAACGGGAUGGGGCCGCUGGGGCGCCGAGCAUCAGACGGAGGGGCCAAUAUUCAGCUUCAUGCCCAGCAGAUGCUCAAGAGGCCACGGGGCCAGUCCCCGCUUGUCGCCAGUCCUCACCCUAUCCCAGCUGUAGCUCCGGUGGAUGAGGAAGGCUCGGACGGGGAGCCCGACCCAGAGGCAGUGCAGAGGUACUUGGCGAACAGCUCCAAGCGGCACACCACACACACGGCGGGGAGCUCAGGAUACACCUCCGCCGAGCUCUCAGCAGAGGCACAGAGAGCCAGACAACGGGGCUGGACCCCAGAACACUCACGGUCAUCCUAUAAGGACUGUAACACACUGCACUUGCCAAUGGAGCGUUUUUCUCCUGUGCGGCGAUUCUCUGACGGAGCCGCGACUAUCCAAGCUUUUAAAGCCCAGCUAGAGAUCAGACAGCUCAAACAGGAGUGUGAGCAGCUACAGAAGAUGUAUGCUGCCCCACAGGACGAGAAACUACUGGAGCACACGCAGCAACAACACGUCCUCUACCAGCAAGAACAACAGAUCCUACACCAGCAAAUACAAGCGCUUUCUUUGGGACAUGGAGAGAACCAGCCCAGCCACCUUACCCACCAGCUUCAAAGGUUGCGUAUUCAGCCCUCCAGUCCGCCACCCACACAUCCCAACAACCACCUCUUUAGGACAACCAAUCAGAGUCCUCCACCAGGGAGCCAGGCAAUGAUGCAGGGACAUGGUGGACCCUCAGCUGUCCAGUUCCAGCACGCCCCUGACCUGUACCAGUCCUCCAGCGGCAGCCCGCCCUCGUCCGCCCUCCCCCGCAUGGCUAUGCCCAAUCAGCCGCAGCAGCAGCCCCCUGGCUCCGCCCGCGCCGCCGUGGGGUUACCACAGGGUCUCGCACAGCAGCAGCAACAAGUGACCAUCCAGGUGCAGGAGGUGGAGCUUGGGGGCGGGGCUCAGCGGCAGGGUUUCCUAGCGACGCCCUGUCAUCGAGUUUUGGGGAAGCAGUUGAGCGCGGACAACGCUGAAACGCACAGUCGCAGCCUGAGCCGCUUCCACUGCUCUACCUCGGCGUACGACCAUGCCCAGUUUAGUGCCCACAUGACCAGCGGCGUGGUGGGCACCUACAACCCCUACCUGCAGGGUGCAUCUCUGAAGGUGCCAGGCCUUGACGGAGGUUACCAGGGUGGCGGCGGGAGCGGCACGGGGGCAGUGGGUUACGGCAGCCCGUCGGCUCUGCAGCAGGCCCUCCUGUCCCCGACCCCUCUGGAGUACCGCCCCGCCGCGCAGCAGCAGCACGUCACCCCAAUCCUGCAGGGCCUGCUGUCGCCUCGCCACUCUCUGACGGGCCACGCCGACCCUCGCCUGCCACCCCAGGACCUGGCAGCCCUGCUAAAGCGCCAGAGCCCCCGCCAGGCCCCGUCCCCUUCCCCAGCGCAGGCCCCGGCACCCACGGCCCAGGCCCCGCCCCCGGCCGCCACACCGCAGGACUACAGCGAGUUGCUGCUGCUCCGGCAGCUGGCACCCGGCACCGAGGGGCUGGAGGCUCAGGCUCCUUCCCCGACACAGCACUACCACCACCAUCACCACCACCUGCUGCAGAUCCGCACCGACUGCUCCCCCGCGCCCGGCCUGCCGCACUCCGAGAGCAUGGAGGAAGACGACGACAUUAUCCCCGCCUUCCACGACGGCCUGCUGGCCAAGGCGCCCGCCCCUGGCCCCUGCGUAGAUGGACAUGAGCUUCUGGCUCCGCCCCAUGGGGAAACGCCCCCUUACACCUCCCCCACGCACAGACACGCCUACAUGCGUGGCCAGACGGCACCCAGAGCUGGUGCAGAUGUAGACUGUAGGGUGUUGGUGAUGGAGGAGAAUCCUAAUGGAGCAGGUUACGGCUCUCAUCCUGCGCAGGGUGAUUCGUAUCGGGCCCGUGGCUCUUUACAGCGCCACCACACCAUCCAGACCGCCGACGAUGCUUACGACCAGGCGGAGCCAAUGUCUGGAAUGAGUUUAUUGGCCGGCAAGGCAUUAAGCUCCGCUCGCAUGUCUGAUAUCCUCAGCCAGACGUCUCUAACGGGAAGCCAGCAGCUGCAUCAGAGGGAGGAAUCAGUGUGUGACGUGGAGGGAGAAUUGCACUCUGCUGCCUGCUACCCCUCCUCCUGUACCAGCGACAUGCUGCUAACCUACAAACCCCAGGACCUUCAGUACAGCAUGGAGCAGGCCGGGGUCUAACUACACAGGGGAGUUUGCAGUGUAUAAAGCUCCAUAUCCGUCUCCUGUGUUCAGCUGCGUCAUGCCAAAAUGCCAUCGUCUGUCUAUAGGGGGCGCUGUGGGUCCUGUAGUCGUGUCCAGCCGGGAAGGGGAGGGGGGAGGGAGGGUGCUGAGGGUAUUGAAUUUGGGGAGGUAGGGGGCGGGGCUAAGGAGUGUUGUGGCUUAGGUGGGCGGGGCUGGGGUUUUGUACCCGAACGCUACUUCCACAGAUCCCAAAAGAAGAGCCGCCAUCAUUUAUAUAAUUAUACUAUAAUUAUCUGUUUGGUUUCUCAUUCUUCCGUCUGAUUGGACUAAUCGGGUAAUGCCUCUCCCACCUUGCCCCACCUUCUCACCCCCUGUUUUCAGCCCCCAGACGCUCUUAAUCCUGCCUCUUAAUCGUCCUCCCACUCCUUUGGCUCCGCCCCUUUUCUCCAGUCGUUGAAACGUUGAAACCCCUCCCUGCUCCCCUCCAUCCCCCGUUUCCGUCUCCAGUCUCCCGUCUCCUAAAGGUUGCCGUAGCAACACACGUAUCGCACCUCAAAUACAAGGCAUACACACACACAGUCUUACGUUAGCAUACACAUACACAAAUACACACACACACACACAGAGACAUACUUAUCAUAUAUAAAUAUAAAUAUAUAUAUAAAUAUAUAUAUAUACAUAAAUAUAUACGUCUAGCCACAAACCCAAAGUAUUUCACGUAAAGCCUGUGCUUUUAGGGGGGUGGUGGUGGCGGAGAUGUCCCGUCCCCCCCGCCGCUGUGCUGCAGUGGAUCAUUCCGGAUUGGGCUGCACCCGCAACCCAACAGGACCCCUCUCUCAGACCGACCCAUUCCACCAGCCCGGGAGGGGAGUUUAGCGGACAGGCUCGGGAAAACCUCGCAAUCGCACAGGACGACCAGCUCUUGUUCUACUUUUCUUCAUUUCUUUUAUUUUUCUCUUUAUUACUCUUUGUUUUUUUUCUUUCUCUCUCUCUUUCUCUUUCCAUCUCUGUUUCUCUCUCUAUUUUUAUUUCGUUUCGUUUUUGUUUCGUUUUUUGUUUUUUUAAACGCAUUUUUAUGGCUAAUGUUCAUGUAGGAAUUCUGAUCAUUAUAAUUAUUAUUGUUGUUUUCUGUAAAAGAAGUUUUAUGGUUAUAAUAUUAUAAUGACAAUGAUUAUUAUUAAUAUUAUUAUUAAAAGAAAAAAAAACAAGUUUCUGUGUUGCAAAAAACAAAAAAAAAUCGACAAAAAAGAAAAAAAAAAAUACAGCGUUUUUCCCGUCACCGCGGUGAUUCUGCACUUUCAGUUUUAAGUGAUUUAACUGUUUUUGUUUCUUUUCCUCUUGUUCCGCUUUGCUCUCGCGUGCGGCUUCUGUUGCCUCUUAAUGUCCCCAGAUAAACAACCCUCUUCAUUCCAUCCGUUCCCUUCUCUCUCUCUUUCUCUCUCUCUUCUUUUCUCUUUCUUUCACUUUCUGUGUUACCUUUUUUCUCUCGCGCCUUUCCUCACUUUUGCGCACUCGCUCCUCAUCGCCCUUCCUGUGUGAUCGACAGCGUGGUGCGACAUUUUAGAGACGAUUCUCUCUCUCACGCGCUCUCUCUCUCUUCUGUACAGUGACGCCAUGUAUAGAUCGCCAAAUGCCGUUUCUGUAUCAAAGCUUUCUCGUUUUUGCUCUCGCGCUGCCGAGAGGUUGUUUUUUUUAUAUGUUGUUUUAUUAUCGUUUGUAUUUUUGUUUUUAUUCUCUUUUUUUAGCCAAAAGCUGGUAUGACUGAGAGAGAUCCUCUUUUUUGAUUUUGAUUGUGUUCUUAUCAUUUUAUUACUGAGGCAGAGUGUAAUUAAUGUUAUUAUCAUAAUUGUUAAUAUUAUUAUUAUUAUUAUUAUUAUUACUAUUUUGUUGCUUUUAUCAUUUCACUUGUCAUGUUGUCUUGGUCACUGCUGUUCACCGCCAAAAAAAAUAGUUAGGGAUUGUUAUCAGAAGGGAAUUGCAUGAGUGCGCGAGAGGAGAAAGGAGAAAAAAAAGAGACACUCAUAUCAUCUUCAACACUUACGCUUCAGCUCUGAGCCUCAGAGCGUCCUCAGAUCUUUAAUUCCAGGAGUUUGAGAAUGCACAGUGAUGCUAUUAAUGCUAACAAACACACAUACUCUCACUCUCGCGCUCUCUCUCUCUCUCUCUGCUUUCUCUCUAUCUUCUUUACACAGUUCCAACAAAGGGUUUACAAACGCACCGUAACCUCAUACUAUUGAACUAAACUAAACAUGCUAAUAUGGCUAACUGUGUCUGCCUAACAACAACAAAUAGUCAAAAAAUUGCAUUAUUGGUAAAGUUUUUAAGAAAUAAGUAAAGUGCACAUUUUGUAAAAGGUGAAAUGGAAUCUAUGAUGCUAAUGUUGCUAAAACUAAAUAAAUGGAAAUUUAUUUUUUAAAGAAAAGGUGCUAGUUGGUGGCUGCCACCAUAUUGUUUCACAGCUAACAGAUGGUUUGCGUUUGCUACCGCUGCAUAUAUAUUGCAUCUGUAAUGUUGCUAAGGGGUAAAUGAAAUCUUUAGCCACAGAUUAUUAUUUUCUGCUAACAUAACAUUUAAGUCACUCUUAUCUGAGGUCUUCACACUAAGUAAGCGGCAUGCAUGGAGAACAGAGCAAUGCUUCACAUUAAGUUUCACUUUAAUUUCUGACUGCAGCUGAGCUUAUCAACAAAAUUCGCUCCAGCCUGCUGAAAAUUACACGUUUUCUCGUAAUUAUGAUUUUUUUAUUAUAUUAUUUUCCUUUAAUGCUCCAACCACGAUUUGAAGCCAUGUUUGGCCAAUUUAUUAGGAACACUGUGUGGCUGCGACACAAGUCUUAUAUUUAUAUUGGAAGAAACACAUCAAUCCAAAUGUUUUUGAGCUCUGUUAUCUCGUGUUUCUGCCACUGAAGCCCUCACUCACUGCUGCUGUCCAUUUUCCACAUCUACUCCGACUCACUUUCCCUUCUCCUUACUGUCUAUCUUUUUUUUUUUUCCUUCUGUUGGAUGUAAAGGUUACAAAUACGUAUCGGAAUUUAAUACCACAUAUUGAUUCAGUGUGUUUUUUGUGUCUGUUUACACAUAAACGACACACCUGUAUCUAAUAUGAUGUAAAAAAAAAAGAAAAGAAAAAAAGAAUUUGAACCACAUUUACCUGCUGUAUGAACGUAGCCUUAAUAAAUAUACAAAACAAUACACACAGCAGUGUCCAAAUUCUAUCUGUGGACAUGUAUUAUAAUGUGUUAUAAUAUGUUAUUAUGCUGUUGGAAUUCACAAAAUAUUACCUAAUGGUUUGUUAGCAACUGAUAUGGUAUCAGUAGCAAAGCUAACCUGAGGUAAUGCUAACAAACGAUAGCUGUUUAAUUUGAAAAUGGAGCGCAGCACAAGUUAAGGCUUCUCUCAAGAUUAGCGAUAUACUAAAAAACCUGUUGCUAAACGUGAAUGAAGGCAGAUAGACGCUGUGCAACAUUACAGAACUGCUAGCUGAGUUCUAACUAGCAGCACUUAGCAUCUUAUUUUCACAUUUAUUCAUAAUAACCCUCAAACGCAGACCUUUUCAGCAAGUUACUGAGAUUGAGAAAUAUUAGCUCCAGUUGCUAAGUGAGCUAAUUGACCUCUUAUGUGUUCACAGUUAGCCAUGUUCACAUGUGACUCUCAUGUGUUCACAGUUAGCCAUGUUAGCCUGUUUGUUCAAGCUACUGUUCGAUUAUUAUAUUGGUUGUUAUAAGGGUGGGAGGUGAUGUGUAUUUAGCAUGAGCUUUAGCCCAAAGCCAUUAGCUUAGCCUUUUCAUGCUUUAAAUGCAAAUGUUCCUUAGAAAAUGUUGCUAAGCUGAACUAGCUUUGCAGAAAUAUCCCUACAAAUUGGAAUAUGGAACCAAACAAAACAAAAUGUUACCAUUUCUUUGUUAACUAAGUCUCUUAUUUAAAAAAAUGCUAGGCUACUGUAACAGUGUAGCUAAUUUAAGUUAUUUAAGCAACAAAAUAUAAAAACAGAAUGUAUGCUAACACAAACAUCUAGAAUAAUUUUGAAAUCCCUAUUUCUUUUAUAUUUGUAUUAUAAUUUAAUGUAUAAUUUAAGCAAAGAUCAAGCUAACAUUUCUUUGCCAAGUAAUUUUAAACAUAACAUUUCAAAAUAUGAAUAUUUAUACAAUACCAGUCAAACCUCUGGACACACCUCUUCUCAUUUAACCCUCUGUGACAAAGAAAUAAAUCAACAGUUGAGAGAAUAACCUUUUUGUGAAGGUAUACCAGUUUAAACAUGGUUUUAGUUCCUAAAAAAGCUUACUCAACCUAAUUUUAACAUGUUUUUUUAUCUAUUCAUUUAAUGGAGACUAUAUAUAAAAUUAAAAUAUAUAUAAUUAAAGUAAUUACUAAAAUGACCAUGCUAUUGAGGGUUAAUGUUAUUUUCUUUUUUUAUUAAUAUUUUCAACAUUUUAGACAUCUGAACUAUGAAGAAACACGUGCAAUGAUCUUGUUAAGGAAACAAAGUUUUGAGACAAAAUGUGUUUUAUACUUUAGAUUCUUCAAAAUAGCACCUUCUGCUUUGAUUUUCCCAACUUUGCUCACUUUUGGCUGUUUCUCCCAGUCAGCGUCAUGAGGUAGAACCUGAAAUGGUUCUCCAUCUGUCUUAAAGGAGUUCUAAAGGUGCUUAGCCCUUGAUUGGGUUUUAUAUCAGGUGUUUGUGAAGCCAAACACUUUUUUUGUCUACUACCAAACUGCACAUGUUCCUUUAUAGUGUUAAAGUCUUUAAUAUUAUU